GUUGACAAACAUGGCGAGAGACUAUAGCCGUCCGUUCUGCUGAAAGUUUAGAAAGGAAUUUAAACGUCAUCUUUUAUUUGUUUGUUGUUGUUUUUCCACUAAAUGGCGAAUGUUAAUGUCGGCCAGUGUUCCACGCUGUGUGACAGGCAAACGGAAGUGUGCGGUGCCGAGCACGCGAGCGGAAGUGAUAGUGAAUCCACAUCGUCGACUUGCAGCAGCUCCGACUACUCCGAUGACCUGGAACCAGAGUGGCUGGAUGACAUUCAGAAAAAUGGGGAGCUUUUCUACCUGGAGCUGAGUGAGGGUGAAGAGGAGGCGGCACUGGCUCAGGCCAACGCCAGCCAAGGUGUGUCCACUAAUCAUGUGCGCUUCAGUGAAAAGGAAGCAGAGAUCAUCACUGAGCAAAACAAGAAGCAGCGGUGUGGUUCACGGGCAAAAGGUGAGCCUGCUCUUAAGAGACUGGCCAGGAUCCUGAGGAGAAAACGCCGACCGUCUCAGCGCAGAGGCGGAGGGAAGGAUGCGGGUAAAGACGACUCGACUCUGACACCACUGGCCUCCAUCCUGAAGAACCAGCCGAGCCAAAGGCUGGGUGUGAGUGUUCAGCAGCAGCAGCUGAAGGAAGUUUGUGUCUACCUCAACCCCAAACGUCUGGGAGGUUCAUCGACCCCUCUCUCUGACAGUGGAGGCCUGUUGGAGGCUCUGCUGGGGGUUAUACAUCGUCCGUCAUGGACUAGAGGACACGGGGACUCCACAUUUGUCAGACAGGAGGAAAGAUUGACUGUUCAUGGAUUAAUACCCAACAGCCCAGCCAUCAAAUGUGGCCAAAUCCUCAUCGGUGACGUGCUUUUAGCAGUGGACGACGUGGACGUGACCUCAGAAAACAUCGAGAGGGUUCUGUCCUGUAUCCCGGGACCAACACAGGUGAGGUUGACCUUGGAGACGGAGGCUCCAGGGGACGGCAGCAAUGCUGGCGGCGCUUCAUCAACGCGCAAGACAAAGUCCUCCCCGCCAGUCAGCCAGCUGGUGCGUCUGCUGUGGGGGGAGGACACGGCCGAACUCCAGAUGUCGAUCGGACACAUCCCGCACAUCGCCAUGUACCUGUCACUUCAACUGGACUCGGCAUCGCUGCAGGAGGAGGAGGAGAUCUUGUACCAGUACCCAGUGUCUGAAGCGUCCACUCAGCUAAAAGGAGUGAGAGGGAUCUUCCUCACUCUGUGUGACAUGCUGGAGAAUGUGACAGGAGGGAGGAUCAUCAGUUCGUCUCUCCUGCUCGGAAAACAUCUGGUACAUGUCGGCUACUGGAAGGAAAGCAACAACCUGCUGGUCAUCGGGCUUCCUGCUGACAGGGUCCCUCUGCUCUAUCUGCAGACGGUGGUUGGAGACGUAGUCCGGACACUAAAAGUGAUGUACGGCUCUUUGGACAGGGCCUUCUGUAAAGCAGACCACACUCCGAGGUUGGACCAUUUCUUCUGCCUGUUCUUCCAGCAGCUCAUCCAGCCGUCUCACCUGAGGGACACCGCCUUAGCCCCGACCCUGGACGUCUCAGGGACACUUUUCCUUGAUGGGCUGCCCGCGGUCCGGUGGCUCACGCUGCCCCCGGAAAUCAAGAUGGAGGUGGACACUGUGCUCUCUGAUUUUGAGUCUUCAGAUUUUGGUGAAAUGUCAGAGGACUUUUUCGGCCUGAGGCGUCUGUACGUUAUUCUUGGCUCCUGUUUGUUCUACAAGUCGUACCUGAUUGCCAACCAUCUGCCCAAAGAGGACCUGCUGGACGUGUGCCUGUACUGUCAGCACUACUGUCUGCUGCCACUGGCGUCUGAGCAGCGCGUGGGUCAGCUGGUCAUCUGGAGGGAGGUGUUCCCUCAGCAGAGAGCAAACGGCGGUGGCGCUGUUCCGGGCUUCAGCCAGUCACAAGGACGACACUUCCUUCUCAUAGUGGGGCUGAGACAUUUCAUGCAGUGUGUGCUGUUAGAAGCAGGCGGCUGUGCUUCACCAGCUGUGGGCUCUCCAGGACCUGACUGUGUUUACGUGGACCAGGUGAAGGCCACCCUGCUGCAGCUGGAGGCAUUGGAGGCAGGUAUUGAAGAGCGCCUGAAUGCUCCACCUGCUCCCUGCCUCUCCUGCGCCGACUGGUUCCUCCCCGCUGCCACAGCCCGCGACCGCCUGGACAGUCUUGCAUCUUCCUCCCCCGUUUUCAGCAAACUAGCCGGAGCGGUUAAAGGCCCAACAUUGGGAACCAGAGGCCGUAGCCUGUUUGGGGAGAAGUCCCGGAGGUCGAGUCCUCAGAGGAGCUUAUCAGACAGUGGCAGUGAGGGACCGAUGGAUGCUGGUUCAGGGUCCAGUUCAUCAAUGGCUCCAGGCUUCAGUCCACACUCUACGCCAGACUCAGCGAGGAAGCUGGGAGGGCGACGAGACUCUCUGGGGUCUGGAGGGUCUGAUGGAAGUGGAGGCAGUGGAGGCCUCUUCAAGAUUCCCAGGAUGAAGCACCCAAACCCUUUUUACCUGGGCACCUUAAAGAAAACCCUGACUGAGAGGGAGACAGAGGAGAUGUACAACACCAUGAAACUGUCCUCAGGUGCUGAGAACACCUUGUUCCACUACGUCCUGAUGGAAAGUGUUCAGGGAAUCUUCAUUGCGCCUACUCACAGAGAAGUGGCUCAGCUCAGCGGUUCCAUUCACCCGCAGCUCAUCCGCAAUUUCCACCACUGCUGCCUCUCCAUACGUGCCGCGUUUCAGCAGAGCCUGCCGCCCAGGGGUCGCCGGGCAGCAGACAGGCCUCAGGGCGGAGGCUGGAGUCUGGGACCCGUGAAGGAACAUGGGGUCCUGUUCCAGUGUAAACCAGAGAACUGGACCGACCAGAGGAAACCUGCUCCCACCAUGACCUACUGGGUCAUAGGACGCAUGUUGCUGGAGCCCGUCCCUCAGGAAUUCUAUGUGUGUUUCCAUGACUCAGUGGCGGAGGUUCCUGUGGAGAUGGCCUUCAGACUCUCCUUUGGUCUGGCCUUAUAAUAUUUCACUUCUCUUUGGAUUAGAGUCAGUGAUGGAUUCUGGACUUGUGAAGCAUUUUUUGUGGAUUCUCAGGAAGAAAAAAAAAAAAAGCUAAACUUUAUGGACAGAAACGUGAGGUGGAGCUCAUGUCUGUGGGAUAAUGUAAAGGAAGUCUGUGUGUGUGGAGUCUGACAAUGUGCCGUUUGCGCAGAUAAGAACAGAGUAUGACCAAACAGCAGGCUGACUGCUGGCCUCAAGUUCACACCAGGACGUCAAACCAGGAAACAUGAAGAGCCGAUUUCAGUGGAUGAAUACCUCAGACGUGCUGGUUUAAAGAGCUUCCAUCAAAACUGGACUGAUAAAAAUUAUUACGCUGCUGCUGCUGCUGCACACAUCUCCAUGUUGACAGAGCAAAACUGACAAAGUUUGUGUUGAUAUUUUCACAAAUUGUAUGAAAUGGGAGGGAACUGCUUUUAUUAAUUUAACUGUUUGUACAGUUUUGUAUGGAAACCGACUCAUAUGUUGCCAAAAUGAACAUUAUUUGAGAUUAAAAAAUAUAUUUCUCAGAUUGA